UUCUGCCCGUAUGUCUUAAGGAGUCCCCACGAGUUCCUCUGUUCUGAGCUGAGUUUACACACUCUGUUUUCUCCUCUACAGUCUCCAAAACGCUUCGCAGGUUUAUAUCCCGGGUGGUGUGUCUCUCUAAUAUGGGUAAAAGAAACAGAAACCGACAAAAUUUCAAAGAUGGUCGACCUGAAGGCAAGAGGAACAGAGAUGAUGCUGGUUGGGGCGCAGGCUACGCUGAAAUCGUCAAGGAGAACAAGCUGUUUGAGCAGUACUACCGUGAGCUGAAGAUCGUUCCAGAAGGAGAGUUCGAGGAGUUCAUGGAGGCCAUGAGAGAGCCGCUGCCUGCCACCAUCCGCAUCACCGGAUACAAAAGUCAUGCCAAAGAGAUCCUACAUACUUUGAAAGAGAAAUACUUUAAAGAAAUUCAGGACCUGGAGAUCGAUGGACAGAAGAUUGAAGCCCCUCAAGCUCUAAGCUGGUACCCAGAUGAACAGGCUUGGCACACCAACAUGAGCAGGAAGAUCUUGCGCAAGUCUCCGCUUUUGGAGAAGUUUCACCAGUUUUUAGUGAGCGAGACCGAAUCUGGAAACAUCAGCCGGCAGGAGGCGGUCAGUAUGAUUCCUCCUCUGCUGCUGAAAAUCGAACCCCAUCACAAGAUUUUGGAUAUGUGUGCAGCUCCAGGCUCGAAGACCGCUCAGCUCAUAGAGCUGCUCCAUUCUGAUAUGGACGUGCCCUUUCCUGAGGGCUUUGUAAUCGCGAACGACGUGGAUAAUAAGCGCUGUUACCUGCUGGUGCACCAGGCUAAGAGGCUGAACAGUCCAUGCAUUAUGGUGGUGAACCACGACGCCUCCUGCAUCCCACGCCUGCAAGUGGAGAACAACGGGAAGAAGGACGUCUUGUUUUAUGACCGGGUUCUGUGCGACGUCCCCUGCAGCGGAGACGGAACGAUGCGAAAGAACAUUGAUGUCUGGAAGAAGUGGACGACCAGCAACAGCCUCCAGCUCCAUGGCCUACAGUUGAGGAUUGCGGUGCGUGGCGUAGAGCAGCUGGCUGUAGGUGGACGCAUGGUUUACUCCACCUGCUCUCUGAACCCCAUUGAGGAUGAAGCAGUGAUUGCCUCCCUGCUGGAGAAAAGUGAAGGUGCCCUCGAGCUGGCUGAUGCCUCUGCUGACCUGCCUGGUCUAAAGUACAUGCCUGGCAUCACAUCCUGGAAGCUAAUGACCAAAGAGGGUCAGUGGUACUCGGAGUGGUCCGAAGUUCCCACGACUCGUCACACUCAGAUCAGACCCUCCAUGUUCCCUCCUACGGACCCCGAGAAACUGAAGAGCAUGCAGCUGGAGCGAUGUAUGAGGAUACUACCACAUCACCAGAACACCGGUGGUUUCUUUGUGGCUGUACUGGUGAAGAAGGCGCCCAUGCCGUGGAACCGCCGCCAUCCCAAACUCCGGAAUAAAGAGGCCACCAGCAGCACCUGCGAGGAAGCGCAGGCUGAGGAGGGAGCACCAGAGACGGCAACCGAGGGAGACGCCGCUCCAGAGAACACUCCAGAGACGGAGGCCAAGAAAGACGGAGUGUGUGGCCCCCCGCCUUCAAAGAAGAUGAAGCUCUUCGGCUUCAAAGAAGACCCCUUUGUGUUUCUGACAGAGGACGACCCGGUCUUUCCUCCCAUCCAAACAUUCUACGACCUCUCUCCAGACUUCCCCAAGCUCAACGUCUUGACCAGGACGCACGAGGGAAAGAAAAGACACCUGUACAUGGUGUCCAAGGAGCUCCGCAACGUCCUGCUAAACAACAGCGAGAGAAUGAAAGUGAUCAACACCGGCGUGAAAGUGUGGUCGAGGAAUAAUGAUGGAGAGCAGUUCGGCUGUGCCUUCAGACUGGCCCAGGAGGGUAUCUACACUCUGUGUUCUUACAUCAGAGCGCGUGUCAUCACCAUAAGCAUGGAUGACGUGAAAGUCCUCCUAACCGAGGAGAACCCUUUCCUCAGCAGGCUGGGGGAUGACGCUCACGCACAGGCCAAGAAACUCGAAAUGGGCAGCAUUGUUCUAAGAUACGAACCUGAUCCAAAUGAUCCCAAUGCUCCUCAGUGCCCCAUAGAUCUCUGUGGUUGGAGAGGGAAGACCUCGAUCAGGGCUUUUGUGGCCCGCAACGAGCGCCUUCACUACCUACGCAUGUUGGGUGUGGAGGUCUUCCAGAACAAGCAAGGCAAGAAGGAUGGAAGUGCAGCUGAAGCUCAGGAAGGAGGUUCGAUAGAGGAGGCGGAGACGGGCCAAGAAGUAGAAGGAGGGGCGCAGAAGGAGAGCUCUCCUGACACGGAACAGAACGGAGACUCUGAAUCUAAAAGUAAUGGGGCGGAGGAAGCGAGCAGCACUUGAGACUGGGAAUUCUUGAGUCAGACUGAGCCAAACUGGAAGAACUGGUGGGGGGUCUAGAGAUACUCUUGCCACUCUUCCUGUUUUUGUUUGUUUGUUUGUUUGUUUGUUUUUUAUAGAAGAAACAUUAACCAGGCUAUAAUUUAACACCAAGUCUGUGUGGAAUUGAGAUAUUAAAGUUUUUGUAAGUGUUUAUUGAAGCGAUUUUUAUUUUAAGUGGUCUAUUUUUGUGCAUCUCAUUGAACUGUUUAACAAUUUAACCAUUGGCAGAGAAAAAGCUUAACAUUGCACGAAUACAGUGCUUAGUUAGGCCUGUGACCCGGUUUUAUUUUAAUUCGAAAGAACCCAAAAUGCAUUUCAUUUAACACCUGUGUAAGUGUUAUAUAGAAUGUAAAUACAACUUUUAUUAAAGCUUUGAACAUUGCUA